AUGCGGGGAUUCUUUGCUUUUGCAAAAUAAUUCGUUAGCUUUUCAACUGUUCAAACUUAAUAAAUUAAGAUUGCAAUAAGAUUAGUUAAUUAAUCUGUAAAUAGCUAAUUUAGAUUAUGCUCAACAUUGACUGCCUUAAGAUUAAACAAUUUAUAUGGAUUGAAUUAAUCAUCCACUCUUGCUGAUUCUGAUGGAGAUGCUGCUAUUUAACAACUAUUAUUGUUGUCCCUUAAGGCCGAACUGAAUAAAAUACAUAAUUCCUGAUAUUUUUAUAUUAUUAUCAUUCAUGAAUAUUGUGGAGCAUCGCAAUCUUAA